AUGACAGAGGAGAGCCUUCAGCGCGAAAAAGAGGCGUCAGUGCGUCUCUUGCAGCUGCUGCAGCAGGAGCGCGAGGCGCGCUCGGCCAUGGCGGCGGUGAGGGAGGAGGACCGGGUGCUAUCGGAUGCGGAUAUGGCGGCACUGAUGCACAAGAACAAGGAACUCGAGGACGUGCUUCGGAGAUUAGAGGAAGACGUGGAUGCGAUAUCGCAGGAGAAAGAAUCUCUGAUGAAAGACAGAGACGGCAUGGCGGUGGAAUCCAGGCUGGAGGAGCAGCUUGUGAUGAUGAAUAAGAUCACCAGCACCAUGUCGGGUUCAACUGCUAGGCAAAGGGCGGCAGCGCGCCACUCUUUAGCGGGUACAGGAGGAGGCAGCUCAGCCAAGCAGGGCCCAAACAGGGGAAGCACACCCACACGCGCCCACGGCCACAACCAGCAGCAACAGCAGCCGCAGCAGUUUCAGAAUUACUCAAACCCACUCCAGGCCCACAUUUCCCUCACCCCCCCUCCGCCAUCCUCGAAAGUGACAGAUCCGUUUGAGUUACCAGUAGACCACUCCUACCAGGACUUGCCGUCUACAGCAAAUCACCAGUUCCCUGGGCCCCCGGGCGGCCUAUGCUUGUCCCCAUCCCGGGCUGAUAAUCCGUCAGUGAGGAGCUUGAAUGGGCGGGAAGGCGUGUCCGGGAGUAGGAUUCCUGGGACAGGCACGGGAGCAACCACAACAGCAGCAGCAGCACGGAGACAGUCGGAAGCUCCUGGUGGGUUCAGUCAUUCCUCGGCCAGGCAGCUUCAGCAGCAGCAGCAGUCGCCACUUCGGCAGAGGGAAUCAUUUUAUCAGGUCAAUCCCUCAGCAGCAGGAGAAGCUGGUGGUGCAGCAUCUCAGCAACUGCAGUUCCAACAGCAGCAGCAGCAGCAACAGUUGCAGCAGCAGCAGAGCCAGCAGCAGGUGCAGCAGAAGGUGCAGCAGGCCGCACAUCCGCCCACCCUCAUCCCCUCCCCUGCCUCCUCCGCCCGUCUCAACUCCGAGCGCUCCUCCAUCUGCAGCUCUCCGCGAAGCCCUGGCAAAGCAGGCUCGGGGGGAGGCGGGGGAGGGGGAAGAACCGGAAGCGGGGGAGGCGGAGGAGGAGGGGGGGGAGGCGGAGGCGGAGGCGGAGGGGGGGGCGGAGGGGGCAGGAGCAGAGCAGGUGGGCUUGACGGGAGUGGGGAAUACAUGGAUGAGAAUUGCAAGUCUGGAGUGUCAUGGGGGAGUGGGGGGAACGAUGUGGGGGAGUCAGGAGGGGAGGAGUCCGUGGGGAGUACGAGCAUGAUUCCGCGGUACAGUGGCAGCAGUAGGCUACCUGUUCCUGGUGCAGUGAACGGUUGCCGUGCAGGGAGUGGGGGCAAGGUUUGGCGGUAG